AGAUAUAGAAUUUACAAACACGCUGCCAUAGUUUCAGACUCGAUUUCCCAAUUAAUAAAUCUCUCUCUCUCUCUCUCCCAAAAAAAAAAAAAAAAAAAAAAGAAGAAGAAAAAGAAAAGCAGAGUUUUGAUAGACAUGUCCAACUGGUCCAGCCUCUCUGAAGACAUCUUACUGUUAAUUCUAAAACAAACCACCAAUCUCUCAGACUACAUCCACUUCAGCGCCGCUUGUUCAUCAUGGAGAUCUGCCGCCAAACACGAUCUCCACCGCCACCGCUACCAACUUCCCGGCCUCAUAGUUUCAUCCAACUCACAGACCACCGCCACCACCCAACCCUCUCUUUUCCUACCCAUCACAACAAUCCAUCACUGCCACCGCCGCCACCACAACUACCUUCGACAGCUAUUUGUACCUAAAAGCACCACAUGUUGUGGGUCCCAUCAAGGAUGGCUGGUCACAAUAGACACCACCCACAUGGCCAUGCAAGUCCUAAACCCUGUCACAGGGAUCCAAUAUCCACUCCCUCAUCUCACAACUCUCUCAUCUAAAACCUCCUCUGAUUGGCCCAUAACUAAAGCUGUUCUAUCCUCAACCCCACCAUCAUCAGACUCAAACUGCAUCAUGGUCCUAUUGAUCUACGGUUAUGGAGCAUUAGCCUUGUGCAGACUAGGCGACCCUUCAUGGACCUCCAUAGACUCCGCCACCACAGUCCCUUCUGAUGGACCUCUUGGUCACCUUGACUCCAUUUUUCAUCAUGGAAAGUUCUAUGUGGUGCACUCUAGUGGAAGCCUCUCUGCCUUAGAGUUCAAUUUCAAUCCAAAUCCAAUUCUCAUCAGAUUGACUAAAUUGCCUAAUCUUCCUAGGCUUGAAAAACGUUACUUGGUUGAAUCAGGAGGUGAAUUAUUUCAAGUUCUUCGUCUAUUUCAUGACAAUGAAUUAGGGUACCACACCACUGGUUUUGAAGUGUACAAGUUAGAUUUUAUUGAGAACAAGUGGGUUGGAGUGAGGAAUUUGGGAAAAUUUGCUCUGUUUCUGGGAUUGAAUCAAUCGGUGUCACUGUCUGAAUCUGAUGUGCCUGGGAUUAAAGGCAAUUGCAUAUAUUUUACAGAUGAUUUGUGUUGUACAAACAGGUACAUUAAAAGUUCAGGAUAUGACACGGGUGUGUUCAACUUGGAGGACUCAACCAUUGAGCCACUUUACCCAACAAACAUUGUAUCAACAAAGCUUCCCCUUCCUGCUGUUUGGGUUACUCCAAUUCCUUGGUGAGACCAUGAGAUUAGCCGCAUGGCACGGUGAAAGAGAACACAGAACCUUUUAUCUUUGUUCUAUGAAAAUAACCCAAAUGUUCAAAGUAUUUUACUCUAGCACUUUCUAUCUUUUGUGUUUUAUGUAAAUUUGAUAUUCAUUAUCAGGCAUUUUAUUAGAAUACAAGGAAUUUUCAAUAAAUUCAAGUUUGCUGUAGAAUGCUUUUGUUUAAAGGAAUGGAAAGAAGUUGGGGCCGUUUUGAGCAAGGUGCUAUUAAUAUUAUUUCAAAUUA